GCCAGAUAUUGUCAUCUGUUUAGACAUGAUUUUUUCCCUUAAACUUGUAAACAUUUGGAAACAUUCGACGCCACAAUUUGGAAAAUCUCAUCUCUGAACAAGAAUUCAUAAUGGAAGGAAUUUGAGACUGCUUGGGAUUUUGAGUUGAUCGAAGUGACGCCAUCUGGGCGAGUGUUGCUCCACUACAAUUUCAUGAACAAAGACAUUGUGAUCACAAAACUGGACAAGUUGAGCCGUGUUUUGAGCAGUGACAGCUAAAAUUGAGCAGUCAAGAAGGCAGUCAAAAACCACGACGUCCCCCAUUCAUCACGAAAUCGUCAGCCGUGUCGGAGCACUUUUCACUUUUCUCGACUUCUAGUCCUGUUUACUUGUUAAAAAUAAGUUUCCGACUUGUUUUUCUUACCUAAAUCUUGGAAAUUUUGAACUCAGGUUUGUAAAAAUGGAACGAUCUCGCUCUCGUGGUUCGAGACGCGAGGGUUCGAAACGGCCCUUUACCCUUGGGCCUGGUGGGGGCGGAGCGGCUCAAAGAUUCCUCGAGACUUUGCACUCCCAAACCGGGAUGGACAUGUUUUCUCUAGCAUUGGAGAAUUUGGAGUAUGACAAGGAGGCCGAAGAGGUCAAGUCCCUCGUGAAGGUUAUCACGGACCAGGUUGGAAAGAUUCCGUGUGUGGAAAACGAGCCAGCUGCUGAUGGGGAUCCUCUGCCGUCAACAUCAAGAAACGAGCUCGCUGCUGCUGCACUUGCGCCGGCGAAAACUCUUCCUCCAGCAGACCCACCUACAACGCCAGCAUCUUUCGCAGCCGCGCCCACAGCGCAAUCUUCUGCAGCCGCUCGCACAAAAAUGCUACCUUCGGCUGUGACUGCUGUUGCUGCUCAACGUCUCCCACCGAAAUUAACAAACGAGCUUGCUGCUGCUGCUGCACUUGAACGGCGCAAGUUGUCACAGGCACAAGUUGCACCGGUGACAAAUCCCCCAGCAGACCCGUCCGCAGCGCAAAAAUCUUCUGCAGCCGCGCCCACAAAAAUGCUACCUUCUGCCGUGCCUGCUCCUGCUGCUGCUGAACCUCUGCCAUCAACGUCAAGAAACGAGCCCGCUCCUGCUAAACCUGUACCGUCGACAUCAAGGGACGUCUCUCUGAUGGAUAAAGCGGUCACUCCAGCCGUGUUAAAGAAGGACGACGAGGAGCCUCCAAAAGCGGUGACUUCAGAGGUCCCUCCAAAACCAGAGCCCAAAAAAGUGGACCCCUCAAAAGCGAUGCCUCCAAAAACAGUUCCGCCAGCCGUGCUAAAGAAGGACAACGAGGAACCCCCAAAACCGGGGUCUUCGAAAGCAGUGCCUCCAGCCGUGUUAAAGAACGACGAGGAACCUCCAAAAGUGGAACCUCCAAAGCCCCUGCCUCCAGUCGUGUUAAAGAGCGACAAGGAGCCUUCAAAAGCGAUGCCUCCAAAAACAGUUCCGCCAGCCGUGCUAAAGAAGGACAACGAGGAACCCCCAAAACCGGGGCCUUCAAAAGCGAUGCCUCCAAAACCGCUGCCUCCCACCGUGUUAAAGAAGGACGACAAGAAUCGGAAAGUGAGAGUGGACUACAUCCAGUUCACCAGGACGGAGCCGUCUCCUGUCGCUGUUGUGGCUCCUCUGGCCUUUGGGCGAGAAAUGCAAUACUUCCACUACAUCCAAUUGAAGAAAAUGUACACAUUUCGUGUCUCCCGUGUCGUCAGUCCGGCCGACUUCUGCCUCAUGUACGUUUCUGAACGACCCCCGCAACGGGAGUUUGAAGUGUCCGGUGCCCCGGACGAGCUUGGAAACAUUUCCCCCACCAUGUGGACCGACAUGCAGUUCUUCUACAAGUUGGAUGGGAUACGGACUGAGUACAAACUUGGUACUGAUCCCCACAAACAACAAAUGUACGCUUGCCGAGAGGGCGAAGGCAGCAAGGAGCAGUACCAUCGAAUCACCAUUCUUACCAAGGACACGUACAACGAUCGAGCCAAUGUUCUCUUUGUCGACUCAGGAUUAAGGAAGUUGGUCAACUUUGACCAACUCUACGAGCUCCCCGUCUGCUUUACUGAUCCACCAGCUCUCGCAUUUAAGUGCUCUCUGGCCGACAUUCUUCCAAAAGACUCGAACAACCCCUUCGUCUGGAGUGAAGACAUUUGUACCGCCUUCCGAAACAUGACCAUUGGCCAACGCGUGACCGCUGUGGUUCACUCAAAAAACGUCCAUCAUUUUGAAGACACCACCGUUGCCCAAUGCCACUUGAGUGCCACGCUGUAUUUGCUGGAUGACCCGGUCACCCUGCAGGAAAAGUUGAUCACAAGUGGAUGGGCACGCGCUGCGCCAAAAACCGCUGCCGCCGCCGCCACUGCCACACCUCCAAAUUAAAUUAUUUUGGAUACUCUUCCAAUUUUUGGAAUGAUGAGUCCCCUCUUUUUUACACCAUACAUUUUUCUUGAUAAAAACAAUUCCUUUAUUUAUUAUUUAUGCCAGAAUUGGUUGAUCAUUUGAUCCCAUAUUUACCUAUUAACUGAAUAAAUGUUUCUCUUAUAAAUAAAAUAAUAAUACACUUAA